AUGUUGCACUGGUACAGUCUGCUUUUCAAAAAGCACCCAUUCAAAGCCAACAUGACGUCUACCGGUAUUUUUUUUGGUACUGGAGAUGCCUUGGCACAGUUAUUAUUUCCUCAUAAAGACGGCGAUGAGUCAGAAUUUAACUUUCAGCGUACUUUACGAGCCAUGAUCUAUGGAUCUUGCUUCUUUGCACCGAUGGGAGUUUUAUGGUAUGGCCGCAAGCUUCCACUGUUAAAAAACCCAUUUUUAUCAGCAACUCAUCGCCAGCAAUGGCUGCAAAAGAAAGUUAAUGCGGCUGAUAUUUUAUACCGAGUUGGUUUGGACCAACUUUUUGUUCCAGCUUUGGUGUGGAUACCCAUGUACAACAUUGUGAUGACUACUCUUGCAAUGCAUGAACACCCGUUGGAAGUUGCUGCGGAAAAAUUGCGUAACAAUUGGUGGAAUGUACUCAAGGCUAAUUGGACUGUAUGGCCUAUUUUUCAAUUGGCAAGUUUUACAUUGAUUCCCGUUCACCUUCGAAUCGUGUGUGCCAACGUGUGGUCUGUGGGAUGGAAUUGUUUCCUAAGUUUUGCCCACAAUACUCCUGGUCAUGGAAAAGGAAGCGGCCAUGUCAUUGAGGAGUUGGUGGAUAUAGAGGAUUCAGAACAGGAACAAACCAUGGUUUAUUCGUGA